CAGAUCUGUUAGCCGUCGACACGGAAGACUCGGUUUCUAAACAACACCUCGAUAAUGCUGCGGAAGGCGUUGUAGAAAUUUGUAGUCACUCUGUCUUAACUUAAGUUAAAUUUUACUUUGCUUUAAAACUAUUACAGCUUCUGAGGUAAACAUAAAAAAAUGGCUGCCGCACUGUUAGCUGUAUUGUAGCUUGUUUGCCUCAAGAACGCCGAGAGUAAACUGGCAAGCUGCCGGAAAGCAGACGAAAAUGCCAGCUCGGAAUAUUGUAUCCCACGAUACUCCUAGCAACAAAGUUAGGUACUCCAGGUUAGCCACAGAUGAUGACGGCUACAUUGAUUUACAGUUCAAAAGGAGCCCACCCAAGGUCCCAUACAAAGCGAUUGCCCUCGCCUCAGUGCUCUUUCUCAUCGGCUCUACGUUAAUCAUCAUUGGUGCUCUUCUUUUGGCUGGAUACUUUGGAGUUACUAACUCCGACCGAACGGUGCCUGUGCUGAUUAUCGGCAUCAUCGUUUUCCUGCCUGGGAUUUACCACUUACGGAUAGCUUACUACGCAUCAAAGGGCUAUCCGGGUUACUCCUAUGAAGACAUCCCAGACUUUGAUGACUGAACCACGCCAAAACCUCAGCGGCAGUCUCACUUUGCUUGCAUGCAUUCAUGUAUCGCUUGCACUGAAAUUAAUGGCUAAUAACAGCUUAUAGCUUAAUUGUUUUUUUGGAAAUCAGCAUUCUUUGUGUAGAUUUAAAUUUCUAGUUGGUUUGUGAAUGUGUUUAUUUCAAUAAAUUAUGAAAAUGAUCUUUUAACAA